AUGUUAUAGAAUUUGUAAUAAAACAAGAAUAAUAUUGUCAUUGAUGCUCCUAUUCUAAAUUUUCCAAAUAGAAAAUUUGAAUCAAUAAAUAAAAUUGGAUAAGGAUCACAAGGAUCUGUAUAUUUAGCCAAAUCAAUAAAUUGGGGAAUUAAUGAUUAAAAUUAAUAUGCAUUAAAAUGCUAAGGAAAUUCUAAAGAUAAUGAAAUUCAAUUUAUUGAUAACCUUAUAUAAUAUCAGAAUCAAUAUGAAAAUUCAUAAUAAAAUUAUUAACCAUCUGGAUUAAUUAGAAUUUAUGGAAGAUAUAAAUGGAACAAUUAGGAUGUUUUCAUAAUGGAAAAAGGAGAAUAAGAUCUAUUUGCAUUCAUUAAUGAAUAAUAAUAAUUAACAUUUCAAUAGAAAGUUGAGAUUUUAAUUUAGGUAUUAUUAAAUUAUUAAUAUAUAUUAGAUAUCUUAAUCUAUAUAAUUUUUACAUUAAUAAUAAUUAAUACAUAGAGAUAUUAAACCUGAAAAUUAUAUUAAAAUAGGUAAUUAAUUUAAACUUAUUGAUUUUGGAUUAAUAAGAGGGGAUUAAAGAAUAUAGAUGACUAGAAACAUUGGAACAUGUCUUUUUUAAGCGCCUGAAUUAGUUGAAGGAAGACAAGAUUAUUCAAAAUCAGUUGAUAUUUGGGCACUUGGUUGUUUAUUUUAUGAACUUUUGACAAAAUAACCAUUUUUAAAAGGUAUUUAGUUUCUUUUAUCUUAGCAUAAACUGCAUUAGAGGUUGAAAAUAUAAUUAAAAAUAUUAAAAAUAAUGAUCAAUAUAUUAAAAAUAGAUUAAAUUAUUUAAUUAAUUAAUUAGAUGAUAAAAAAGAGGAAAUAUAAAACUUAUUAAGUAAAAUGUUAAAUCCAAAUGAUUAAUAAAGAAUCUAAAUUAAUUAAGUAAUUGAGGCAUUAAAAAAUAUGGUUUAAAAUAUCCCUAUUAAUCAAAAUUUAGUUUAAUAAAAUAGAUAAUUAAAUUUACCUUUAUAAAAAGAUAUCAAUAUUCAAAAUGGUGAAUAGUUUUAAUAGGGUAUUAUUAAUAAUAAUUAAUAAUUUUAAUAAGUGAUCAAUCAAAAUUAAAAUGCUAAAUAGUCUUUAUAAAUUAACAAUAAUUAAUAAAUUUAAUAAGUGAUCAAUCAAAAUUAAAAUGCUAAAUAGCCUUUAUAAAUUAACAAUAAUUAAUAAAUUUAAUAAGUGAUCAAUCAAAAUUAAAAUGCUAAAUAGUCUUUAUAAAUUAACAAUAAUUAAUAAAUUUAAUAAGUGAUCAAUCAAAAUUAAAAUGCUAAAUAGUCUUUAUAAAUUAACAAUAAUUAAUAAAUUUAAUAAGUGAUCAAUCAAAAUUAAAAUGCUAAAUAGCCUUUAUAAAUUAACAAUAAUUAAUAAAUUUAAUAAGUGAUCAAUCAAAAUUAAAAUGCUAAAUAGUCUUUAUAAAUUAACAAUAAUUAAUAAAUUUAAUAAGUGAUCAAUCAAAAUUAAAAUGCUAAAUAGUCUUUAUAAAUUAACAAUAAUUAAUAAAUUUAAUAAGUGAUCAAUCAAAAUUAAAAUGCUAAAUAGCCUUUAUAAAUUAACAAUAAUUAAUAAAUUUAACAAGUUAUUAAUUAAAAUUAAAAUUCUCUAUAGUUUUAAUAAAUUAACAUUUAUUAAUAAAUUUAAUAAGUUAUUAAUUAAAAUUUUUAAGAGCUUUUAUAAGUUAUCAAUAAUUAAAUGAAUAAAUAAUAAGAGGAAAUCAAAUAGAUCGGAUUAAAUAUAAAUGGCUAAUUUAAUUAAAAUCAAUUAAAGAUAAUUAUUUAAGAAUAAUUUAACUAACAGUAAAUUUAGAAUUAAUUUCCUUUAUAAGAUUUAAUUAAAGAAAUUUGUCAAUAAAUGUAAGGACAAUUUGCUGAAUUAAAGUAAUAAACUCUAAAUUAGAUUUUGAAUUAAUAAUAAUAAUAUAAUGAAAAAAACCAAAAUUAAUUUUAAUAAAUUAAUCUAUAAUCUGCCUAAACUUAUAGGUAAGAAUAAGAAAUCGAAAAAUUGAUGAUUUAAAUUAAAGAAUCAUAAGGCAUUAUUAUAUCUCAAAAUACAAAUUUGUUUUAAACUUAAUUAAAAGAGAGAGAACAAAAUUUAUAAGAUUAAAUGAAGAAAAUUAAAGAAUUAGAAAUCAUAAUUUAAAAUUCAGAUCAAAAACUCAAAGAUGAAUUUAAUAAAAAUAAUAAGCUUGAGGAAAAAGUUAAACAAUUAGAAUUAUAAAAUCAAUAUGAAUAAUCCAUUCUUAAAGAUUAAAUAAAAAGCCAUGAUCAAAUUAUAAUAGAAUAAAAAAAUCGGAUAAAAGAAUUAGAAACUAUUAUUACAAAUUAAAAUUAAAAUUAAAAAAUUACAGAAGUAAGUUGCAGUAAUCAAAAUUUACUUAAGUUUAAAUAAGACUUAGAAAAUAAAGUGAAAGAUUGUGAAAAAUAAAUCCAAGACUAUUAGAAAAAAAAUUAAGACUAACCAGAUUAAUUAAAAAUAAUUUAAUCUUAGAUUUAAGACGUAAAAAAUCAAUUGUAAUAAAGUUAAAAUGGAUAAAAUUUAUUAAUAUAAGAACUUGAAGGAAAAAUUUAAGAACUUUUAAAAUAACAAAUUUAAAAAGAUUAAAAAAACACCGGAUUAGAAAAUUUAUAAUUUUAAUAAUAGCCGAGAAUUUAAAUAGAGAAUAUAGAAAAGUUAUUCGCUAUAAUUAAAUCUUUAGAAGAAGCAUAAAAUUAAUUAGCUUUACAGAUUAUCUAAUAACUUAACUAAAAUAAUUAAAAAUUACAAUAAUUUGAGAAAUUAAUUGAAAAUAUAAAUAAGAAUAAUGGAUAGAAAUUGAAAAAUUAAUAAUUUAAUUAUAAAGAUCAAAAGGAAAAUUUUUAAAAAGUCAAUUCAUAGUAAAAUUAGCAAAUUAAGGAUUUAUUAAUUAAUAAUUUAGGUCUAAAUAAGCAAUAAAACUCAUAAAUUAAAGUAAAAAAACAUAAUUAGACACUUUAAAAAACUCCAGAGUAUAAUGAAAAAAUAUAAGAUAUAAUAAAUUAAUUAUUAAAGGAUCAAAAUACAUAAGGAAAAAAAAAAAAAUAAGAGUUCUAACCAAAUUAAUUUUAAAAUAAUAAGAAAUGA